AUGCGAGAGUUGAUGUAUCCGAAACCCUCCGGCACGGCUCUCAUCACCAAUCUCUUCCACACCCUUCAAGGCACCUGGUCUCUCGACCGGAAGCUACAAAGCGCGGACCCCUCAGCCCCGUCAGGUCGAUGCUCAGGCAAGGCUACAUUCACGCCCACCCAGCCUUCUCCCAUCGUCGACUCCGACGGUAAGCUACAACUCGCCGACUCGGAACUCCUCUACCAUGAACAGGGGGAUUUCGAGAUGGCCGCGGCCGCUCCAGGCCAGCCGGCGCCUCUCAAAUUGCCCUUUUCGCGGAAAUAUAUCUGGCGUCUCAAGCAGGCGGACGAGGCUCUCACCAUCAGUGUUUGGUUUACCAAACCCGGAACGGAUACGAUUGACUACCUGUUUCACCAAAUCGACAUCCCCUUCGCGCAGGACGAUGUAGAGGGUAGCCAUGGUGAAAUUGUUCUGCGCGGCACCGGAGGUCAUCUCUGUGUUGCUGACUUCUACAGCAGCUCUUACUCAUUUUCGCUGACGGGCCAAUCACCCGACUCUGUCAUCCUGUCUUCUUGGAGUACAUUGCAUGAAGUCCGAGGUCCAAAGAAAGACCAGAUAAUCGAAACAAAAUUCACCAAGGCAUGA